UAAGAACGAUACUUAGCUUCCACCGACACACACCUUCAAGUAUCAGAAGAUUAGGUUUUCAUCAAAUCAAUUUGAAUCUCUUGGGAUAUAUAAUAUUUUUGCUUUCGAUUGUUGUUAAUGGCUUGUUCAGUUCAAGGUUUAAUCCCACCAUUUUCUGGACUUCGUUCGUAUCAUUCUUCGUUUUCUCCUAUUGUCACUAUUUUCCCGGGAAAUGGUCGGAAAAUUGGUCGGAAUCUGAGCGUUUCUAGAGUCUGCAGAGCAAUGGUUCAGCAGACGGUACAAGGAGCUUCGGCUGCUUAUGCCAAGGAAAUGGAGAGGCUCUCUGCCAAGGAAUCGUUACUUCUCGCUUUUAAGGAUGCUGGAGGAUUUGAGGCUUUAGUCACUGGAAAGACAACAGAUAUGCAGCAGAUUGACGUUAAUGAGAGGAUAACUGGACUUGAGCGGCUCAAUCCAGCGCCUCGACCAACAACGUCGCCCUUUCUAGAAGGCCGGUGGAAUUUUGAGUGGUUUGGAUCUGGAAGCCCAGGAUUAUUUGUUGCCAAAUUUGUAUUUCAGAGAUUUCCAUCAACACUGGCAAUUCUGUCAAGCAUGGAUUUAGUGAUCAAAGAUGGAUAUGCAAAGAUUACAGCAAACAUAAAAUUAUUGAACUCGAUAGAAAGCAAAUUUAUUGUUUCCACCAAGUUAUCCGUCGAGGGACCACUUAGAAUGAAAGAAGAGUACGUUGAAGGGGUUGUCGAAUCACCAAAAGUCUAUGAAGAAACAAUACCUGAACAGCUAAGAGGGGCAUUUGGUCAGGCAGUUAGUACUGUGCAGCAGCUUCCUGUUCCUAUCAGGGAUGCUAUGGCCAGUGGGCUGAAAAUUCCCUUGAGUGGGACUUUCCAGAGACUAUUUAUGAUUUCUUAUCUGGAUGAAGAGAUCUUGAUAAUUAGAGACACUUCUGGGUUUCCUGAAGUUCUUACAAGGUUGGAUGCGCCUCCAUCUCCCAUGGUAGAACCCAUCGCGGAGUAUGAGAGUUGAGAGUUCCCUUUUUGCGUAGAGAACUGCUUUCUUUAUCUGAAUUACGGUGUUGAAUCUGGGUGAAGUUACUUCUCCUCGCUCCUCUCUCUGCUUUGCUUCAGUACACUCCCUGGCAUUGAGGAUGAGCACCCUUAUCGCAAAAGAACUGGUAACGCUUUCAUUGGUGUGAAAUUCACCUCAAUUGACCGAGAUCAAGCGGUUGAUGUUAGUAAACUUUGGAAUGGUAGUUAUCAGGGUCAGUAUCGAAGCUUAAUCUUAUAUGUGGUAUGUGUAUUGUUUCUAAUUAUCUUGCAGAUUUGUCACCAGUAAGAAAUUUUCCAUCUUGUAUCAUUUAAGCUUGUAAAAUACAGAUUACAUGCACAACAUAGCUAAAGGAAAUAUAAUUAUUGAGGUUGGUGUUGAA